GUCGGCCGCUCCGGGCCGGCCCGUUGCAUGCUGGGGGCCGUAGUCUUGGCGGGGGGCCGGACCAGGACGGCCGCCGGACCGGAGGAUGCUGAGGGCAGGCGGGACUCCUUCCCCGGGGGAAACGUUUCUGGGAGGUUAGCAAUGGUCCGUAGUGGAAAAAAUGGUGAGCUCCACCUGAAGCAGAUUGCAUACUACAAGCGAACAGGGGAGUAUCAUCCCACAACAUUAUCAAGUGAAAGAAGUGGAAUCAGGAGAGCAGCGAAAAAAUUUGUUUUCAAAGAAAAUAAAUUGUUCUAUGUUGGAAAAGACAGAAAACAAAUGCGCCUGGUAAUUGUUUCAGAUGAAGAGAAGAAAAAGGUGCUUGAGAAAUGCCACAAAAAUGCUGCUGGUACUCAUCAUGGCAUAUCAAGGACGCUGACUUUAGUGGAAUCUAAUUACUACUGGACCUCUGUAACAAAUGAUGUCAAACAGUGGGUGUAUGCUUGCCAGCAUUGCCAAGUAGCAAAGAACACAAUCACCACAGCACCCAAAACACACCCUAUCAAAGCAGAGGACCCAUGGACAGCAGUCACUAUAGACCUAAUGGGACCUUUUAAUGUUACCAACAGAAGUCACAAGUACAUCACAAUUAUGACAGAUUUGUUUACAAGAUGGACUGUUAUCCUGCCCCUGCAUGACACUUCAGCAGCUGAAAUUGCUAAGGCAAUCAUAAAUGUGUUUUUCUUAUAUGGGCCACCUCAAAAAAUGCCUAUUGAUCAAGGGAAGGAGCUUGUUUAUCAGAUAAAUGAAGAACUGUUUGCACUCUUUGGAAUGAAACAAAUUGUAUUGUCUUAUCCUCAGACAGAUGAUGUAAAUGAAACAACAUGCAAGACAAUCAAAGCUUUCCUUAACAAAUACUGCACUGACCAUCCAGAUGAUUGGGAUGAACAUUUGUCUGCUAUUGCCUAUACUUUCAAUUUGACAAAUUUGGAGCCAGAUCAAAACACCCCAUAUUUCCAAAUGUUUAAUCGUAACCCACAUGUUAUUGAGCCAAUGAAUAUAUGUGUGGAAGGAGAAUACAGUAUGUUUGCCAAAAUAUUUGAAGCGACUAAAAAAGCCAGUCAAGCACUGGAAGAAGAGAAAACCUCAGAUUGCCAGGUGGAGAAAAACACAUCAGAUGAACAAAAAAUCAGAAACAAAAUCACUGUCAAAAGGAAGCCAAAGCAAUUAAAUACCCUUCGACUUAAAGUUGGUCAUGAAGUCCUCAGGCAAAGAAAAAACUGGUGGAAAGAUGGUCGUUUCCAGUCAGAAUGGGUUGGUCCUUGUAUUAUAGAUUAUAUCACAGAUAACGGCUGUGCAAUAUUAAGAGAUGCCACAGGAUCCAGGCUGAAAAGACCCAUCAAGAUGUCUCACCUCAAGCCAUAUGUAAGAGGGUCCAAUGAAAAAGGCAACCAUUACUUUUUACAAGGUGCCGUAGUUGUUGACCAUGACUAUAUUGGCUUAUCGGAAAGAUCCUGGAAUCCAAGCCAACAAGACUCUAUUGCUGAAGAGGAAAUAAAUGCCUACACAAGAGAUGUUGUGUCUGCUGUACAAAUGGCACCUGCAGCCUGCAAAGACCAAGAAUCAACAGAUGAACUGAAUAUUCCCUGCUGGAAGGCACCAGUGAGUCAUGAUUUGCUUUUCACAGCAAACAGUUAACAAAUCUUCUUGAAAUACUAUAUUUGAGAAUGAGAUAAGUGUCCUUCACUCAUUUGCUUGAGUGCAACAUCCAUAUCGAUGGCCUUUUGCAGCAGACAUCAUUACUCUAAUGACCUAGCAUCAAAAUCUUUGCAUAGUAACCUUCCUAUUUUGAAAAUACUAUGUAGUGGAAUAUUUUGGGGGGCUUGGAAUGGAGUGGAUGCUUUCAGUUAACUUACUGGACUAGCUAAAAAUAAAACAUGAGCUCUAGAGUCUCACCAAGUGGUGGAAACUCAUCAAGGCACAUCAGCAGCUGUCAUCAUCUGUUCGCCUCAGAGUGUGCUGCCCACCUGUGAAUUCAACAGAAGGAAAUGCCAUGUUAGAAGUCACCAAGACCAGACACUGUUUUAAAUUAGAAGGCUAAAUUUGACACAAAUGAACAGGAUUUAGCAGUGACUUCGGGAAAUGGUAUUACACUCUUCUACACAUAGUAGAAGAUCUGCUGGCCUACUGUUUAAAUCUUGGUAAUCAAACUAUGUAGACAUUUGGAAUCAAAAGCAGCAUACAAAAAGCUUUAAUUUGAAAAGGAGGGCUCUUCCAGAUAAAAUUAAGCUACUGUCUGGUUACUUCUAAAACACUUGAUUCAGGAACUAUUAAUCCUGAGAGACCAUUCCCCAGUCAGUUUUCCUUUACUCCUCUCUACUUUGACACAGACCACAUUUGCAAAUGCAAGCGCACUCAGGUUGCUUGAUCUACUUACUUGUUUGUCCCAUUGUAGUAGGCAUUGCUGCAGGCUCUGAGGAUAGGUUCAUGCAUUUAUCUUCCCACAGGGCUUCUGGCUGCAGUCAUGUACAGUCCAUCUUACCCUGGCACUAUGCAAAGUGUUACGGUGAUGAAAGCAUCUGCGGGAACCUUGCUGCACUGAUAGCAGGAAUAGGUAUGCUAACAAACAGGACAGGUUGUAGGAAGUGCAGCAUUCCCAGUCUGCCAGGCUGUGCUGCCCUGCUACAGAUUGCUAGUGCAAUGCUCCACAGGUCACUUGGGUACAACUUUCCAUAAUUUACCAGCUGUUACUGGCAUUGUCCUUUUCUAGGUGCUUGACAAGAAUCUUGGAGCUUUCAUCAGGAGAGCUGGGGUAUUCUAAGCUGCAGGUGGUGUCAAGCAGGAGUGCCUUGAGUGUAUAAAGUGAUACCUAAGUAAGUGGGCUAAAAGGGAAUAAAUCAGAUUUCACAAAUUCAGCACUUAAAGUUAGUUGAUGUUUUAUGACAAUUGAUGCCUUUCAGCUCUCCAUGCCUCACUUCCGCCUUCAGUAGAAAGUGAAUAGCACCAUGUCAGUUCCCAGGCAUACUGAGCUGGCAGGCAUAGUGAUGAAAGCCCCAAUAGAAAAGUCCACAAGAAAAUGACUUCUAUAUUUUGUGCAGAAUUUUAAGUGUUAUGCAGUAAAUAAUACAUGGAGUUCCCUACCAGACUGAUUUUGAAUGUUUGUCUAGUCAGAGACAUCAUCCAUCACUCCCACAGCUCAAAGACCUAGGAAAAGGAGAGCAGACUGAAUAGGAACAGGACAGGAUUUAGUGCAUGGUUACGGUAUUAUACAGACAAACUGAAUUUUUUAGGUUCUUAACUUCUGUGUGUUUGACUCUGCAGAUGUUAGGGAUUUAUUUUGGAACGUACACUUGAGCCCUGAUGUUCUCUGCCUCCCUGCUGAUAGAGGCGUGGGCUGGCAGCCUGUCCCCGCAGGAGUGUGCCCCGCACACCUAGUGCGUACUCUGCCACUGCUGCACCGUGAAUACGCGGUGCUUGUAGAAACUGCUGCCCAGUGGUUUGUUUCUGAGUCCUUCUUUCCCAAACUACAUUCUCAGCAAACUUGUCAUCUGGUUACAGCAAAAACUGUAACCCGAUGAUAAUUAUGGAAGCAUAAAUAUACUUCUGAGAGCAAUGUGACCUGCAUGAUUGACCGUUCACGUAAGUUAGUUACAGUACAAAAAUAAUCUGCUUGUGCGUUAGGUAGUUUAUACCAUAACUGCCAGCUGUGGUAAGCAUUCAGUACAGCUUUGCAGCUUUGUAAGAACUGGGCAGCUUCCAGUACUCGUCAAACCUUGGUUGCUGUGAGCAGGAUCUCAAGUGCCUGGAAAAAGGCUAUCGCUCCAGUUCCUUACAUGUGGCACAGUGCGUGAUCUGGGACCCAACUCAAGGAAACAUGGCAGAAUUGUGGGAUUCAGUCUUUUUUAAUGCAAGUAAUUUUCUCUUGAGCUGCAGUUUUAGGAUGUACCAUGCCUGAAGAAAGCAGUAACAAACAUGGAGGGGAGGGUAUCAAAGCAUUGACAAAUGCAGUGGCCAGGGCAGGGUUCUGCUCCUAAAAGCUACAUGGUAAGUAGCACCAACUUUAGCCUGUUACGGCUGGGUAUGUGGCUUGCCUUACACCCAUUCUGAAAAUAGUCUUAAAUUCUAAUUAAAAAGAGAGUAGAAGAUUUAGGUUUCUCAUACAUUUUAGUUUGAAAAAUAAAAGGAGUUGGUAAUUAAUAAUAAUUUCCCUAGUUUGCUAAACUGUUACCACUGACUAUUUGCUAGAAACAAAUUGCUCCACUGGAUCUUUAAAAUGGUACUUUUGGCACAGUUCCUACAAAAAAAAAGCCUCUACAUCAUCUGUGUCUUUUUUUAAAAGUUGUACAAUGAAAUCAUAUAGAGCUUCAUUUGCAGGAUGUUGUGCUUCAUAUGUGACUAAUUAAUAAGAAACAUUAGUGGAAAGGAGCUAAAGAAAGGAGCAGUUCAGCAAAUGUGCCUUCACGACCUGUAGUAUUUAGAAAAUUCUAGUGCAGCUUCCAAGUUGACUCCCCCUCCCUUCUACCUCUGCAAACAUGUGUCUAGCAAAGCCAGAUGGAUGCUGCUUUAGGUUUUCCAACCACCAUGUCCAGAAAUGGCAAGAGGUUUGCAGGUUUUGCUUAGAUAAGUAGCUGCCACCGGAAAUUUAAAAUCCUCCUCUACACCAUUAGCUCCCUCUUUUCUUCUGCCAGUAAUGGUUAGCUAUACAGAUUAAUCUAAAUUUUUCACAGGUAUUGGAGGGGAGUUUGAAGAGCAGUUAUAGUGUAAAUUUUGCUAACAAAUUUUGAUAAUUCACAACGGAGAAAAAAUAUUUUCACAUUUAAGAAUUAAAAAAAAAAAACCACGUAAAGGGAAAUCAGCGUGCUAAAACUCUAGGAUUUACUAGUAUCUAUUUUACAUAGAAAAUACUGUGGCCUAAUUUCAGCUCUUAAUUUUAAUUGACCUGGACAUUUGGUUCUUUCUUUUUUUUUUUUUUUUUUUUUUUUUUGUAGCACAUGAAUCCACACAAACUGUGCACUGUAUCAUAACACAGUCUUACAGAUUUAAAAGUAUGUCCUAAUGUGUAAUUAAAUAAUAAAGUUGCUUUCGCAUUGCUCAGCAGUGAUCUGCUCCCCACAACUUGUAUUGCUAAUGCAUAUGUAGUCUUUCAAACAAGUUCCCAAAAGUGUGUUUGAAUGGCAAGAUAGAAGUCCCUUCUCUGUACCAUGACACACACUUAAUCCUAAUCCUCUGUAGCAUGACAGACAUUACUGACCUAAAAUUUCUGAUAAAACAUAAAUAAAUCUGGCUUUGGCAAGCAA